UUUCACGACUACAUCGUUGUACUGACAAAACGAAAGAUUGAACCUGCCAAAAUAUAAACAAUCAAGAUCGUUUCUUUUCUGGUGAAAAAUCCUCAUAACGAUCCACCAACUUAACUGCCCUCCUCACUGUUCGAUUCAAACUCUGCGUUCUUGUUCAAAUUCUAAAGAGAGAGAAAGAAGAGAGAGAGUUAUGGCGAAGCUGAAGCAAAUUCUAGUAGCUAUCUCAGUGUUGUUGGCGGUGUUAGCGUCCGUGCCAUUCUCCGAGUGUGCUAAGAAGCCGGCGGCCGGCGCCAGGAAGGAAGACAUUCCUUUCAUCAAAUGCCAAGUCUGCGAGAAGCUCGCAUCUCAGCUGCACCAACAAGUCGAGAAGAAGCGAGCUGAGAUCGCCCCAAAGACGGUCUCGGAGUAUCAGAUUAUUGAGAUUUCGGAGAAUGUCUGUAAUUUGAAGAAGCAGGAAGCCGAUUGGAUUUUGCAGAUUGAUAUAGUUGAGAAAGGAGAUAAGUUGGAGUUGGUGGAUCAAGGUUCUGAAGGACAAUGUAAUUCCGAAUGCAAGACAAUCGAGCGAGCUUGCCAGGAGGUUUUGGGGUAUUCUGAUACAGAUGUUGCAGAAUAUCUAUAUACAUCCAAGCCUGACCUUGGUUCGUUGGUGAAUUAUCUAUGCAAAGACCUCACUAAAGCAUGCAGUACCAAGCCUCCCCCCGUUCCUAAGAAUAGGAUUCCUGGGGAAGCUUUCGUGGCCAAGUCGGAGAAAGAAGCUGAAAUGGAAAGGAUGAUGAAAUCUAUGGAGGGUAUGCCAGGAGCCCCAGGCAUGAAGAUGUACUCAAGAGAUGAUUUGAUGAACAUGAAUAAUUUUGGUGGCAAAGAUGCUGAUGAUGAAGAUGAUGAUGACGAUGAUGAGACUCGGUUACCCUCAAAUUUGGGAAAAAUCAUGAGAGAAAAAGAGAGUGCAAAGAAUGACUUGAAACAAAAGAUCACCACCGGAAUUGUGAAGACCAGAGAGACACUAAAGAAGCAUGCAAACAAAGUCUCUAACUGGUUACGGCAAACAUGGCGGCGAGUGAAAAAGACGGCUUCAGAGAAGAGUACAAAGGGCAACAAGGGAGAGCUUUAGAACACAAACUCAAGAGAGUUAUAGGAAUUGUAGUAGAGAGUAAUCAGGUUUUUGUUAAUUGUAUCAAUAUGCUUAUGACAUUUUAGGUAGAAAUUUUGAUCAAAAGUUGGAAGACAUUUGCUUGAGGUUUUACACUACGUUGUUUUUCA